UGAUAUUAAUUUUAAUUUUAAAGCAUUUAAACAGUGUAAAGCAUAAUUACUAGUUGUCUUAAUCACCAUCGUUUAUCAUUAUCACAUAAGAUAGCUGAAAGCAGCCUGAUUUCGCCUGUCGUUGUUAUGGCAACAUCAGGUCGGUUCCGUAAACACAACUGUACAGCUGGAGGGUUAUUUCUAAAGCUAGCUAGACUCUAAGAAAGUGGAGUAAAAAAAUAAAAUAAAAAUCUUUUACCAUGUUGACAGCCCACCGAAGCAGGACACGAUGUCGGGAAGUAACUGGACCUGGACAUUCAGUGGCAUUGAAACUGAUUUAUGUGAUGGAGUUUACCAAGGAUCAGAGCUACUGUGAUGUGAGAAUGCGAUGGGAAAGGAACACACAGCGCAGGAUGGUGUCGGCCACUAUUAGCAGACGUCUACAGGAAGCAAGAGAGCAGUACCAGAUGGACAUUGAUGAAAGGAGGGAAAGGUUUGAAUGGAAUAACCUCAUAAAUUAUUAAGAAAUCAUCUCACUGUAAAGUGUAAUGACCUUGUCUGAGGAGAGGGAGCUCUUCAGGGAGAUGGAGGCAAAAAAGGAGACAGUGUUGGAGAGGCAAGCUAAGAUGCUUGAAAGAGCCAAGACUCUGCGAGAUAGAAGAGAGAGUGAGAGACAGAGACUUGUUGCUGAGAAACUCGAUCAGCUCUUCAGAGAGCAAUGUGAGGAGCUGCGUGCCGUGCAGAUGAUGCGCAGACAGGAUGAGGUCUGCACUGAGCGUGCUGCGCAGAUCAGUACUAAGGAAGAAGUGCAACUGAUUGAUCGAGAAGAGGAGAGGAUGUUCUGUUAGAUGUGGUGUGGUGGAGGGAUGGCUGGAGAGGGGGGUGAUUAAUAUGAGUUAGGUCGUCAGAGAGAGAACAAUCUCCAGCAGAAGGCAUUCCUGCAGGCACAGAUGGAAACGACUGAGCAGCAGAGAAUACAGGCAAAGCAACUGAAGCAAGAGGAGGCCCAGUUACUGGUAAUGAGCAUAUUUAUUGGCCUGGAGGCAGAGAGAGAACACAGACAGAAGCUUCAAGAUCAGGAGAAACGACGUAAACAACUGGACCUUUCACUUCGGCUGAAGAUGAAGUGUCUGGCUCGAGAUCGGCAGGAAGAGCUGGCUCUGGAUAUGAGCAUCCUGGAGCAGCUAAUGACUGAAGAGAGAGAUGAAAAGCAAGAUGAGGUCCUCAAAAAGCUGGAGUGUCAAGAGGAGCAGCGCAGGUACAGGGAGUAUCUGGCAGAGCAGCUGGAAGAGCAGAAACAGCAAGAAGCUGAGACGGAGCAACUGUUUGAAUCAGAGCUGCAGCAGGCCUGGGCCCGCAGGGAGGCACAGUGGCGUCAAGAAAAGGCAGCGAGGGACCGACUCAUGAAGGAUGUCAUGGACACUCGUCGAUUGCAGAUCCAAGAGAAGUGUAAGGAAAUUGCUAUAAGAUCACCCAUUUACACACACACACACACACUCCAAGAGAAAAUAUACAGAAUCCUUGAAGAGAACAAAUUGCUGGAUGAAGAAGAAAAGAAUCGUUUAAGGGAGGCCACUCAGGAAUAUCAGGCUGAUUUAUUGGCUCAGAUGCUGUACCGCCAGCAGAUUCGUGAAGCAGAACAAGCUGAGAAAGAAUAAGAGUUCCAGAGGGGUCUGUGGUACCAGGAGCAGUACAAUAAGAAGAUCCAGGACAUCCUCUCAAGGCCAGUAUCUGGCACCACGGCAGUUCAUCCCUUCAGGAGACGAGAGCGCCCCUUCUCCAGCUUUGGUGCACAGUUGGCAUAAAUCCAACCAAUUCUAUUCACAACAUAAGUAACAUUCAUAAGUAUGAAAUAUUCUAAAAAUGAUAUCAAAUAGAAAAUACAUUGAAAAAGAAAAAUAAGGAACUUUCAGUGAACUUACAUGCUUAAAUAUCUUGCUCAUUUCUGAAUAACUAUACGUUGUAUGUUUUACACAUUUGUGUGAUCUGUGAUCAGAUUCAUUAUACAUGUGCUGAAGUUUGUAUUCAGACAAGUCUGACUGGAUUGACUUGUUUUGAGGUAGAUAUUUGCAUGUUUAAAUGUUAAUUAUUUAAAGAAAGCUUAUCAUUUCAAUGAAUAUAGACUGUGAAUAGUGUCCUCUUUUUGCCAAUCAAAUCUAAUUAAAAACAAUGGAAAGCUGUCCAGGGUUGCUAUGAAACAUGUACAGUACAUAAUACCAGGAGAGGUCAAAAGGUUAAGGUUUAAAAAUGACAGUUAACUUGCAAAAUAUUUCCUUAAUGAUUUAGCAACAGGGUUUUAGACCAGUAAGCUGCUGGGUUAAAUGAUCAGAGGGUGAAUUAGUGUAUGGGUAACUUUUGACGCUGCAAAUACUACGACAGUUUGUGAAUGGUGAAGAAGUUAGUCAACACUCAAUACCUUACUUAGGAGUGUUAGGGGUGUGGAGCAAUUGGUCUAUGUCAUUUAUUUUUUCUCACCUGACUGUUCAGACAGGUUUAACUUUUAACCCAAGUCAGUCUGGAACUACAAAAUUCGGCAAAGUAUGCUUUACAACCUUUUUAAGCAUGACAUGAAGAAUAUACAACAUCUGAAUAAUUCAGAGCUCUGAUGAUCAUUGUGUCUGUGGAUAUUUGUACAAUUUCUAAGAGAAAAUGCGUGAAUAUGAACUGUAUGUCAAGCAUGUGAUUUUUCGUGCAGUGCUGUAAUUGGCCAGAGGGUGUCGCUGUAGACACACUGAACUCUGCCAUUGAUCCAUGCGCCUCCGCCGCUGCGGUCACGUCAGUCAGCCUGAUAGAGUCCACGGAGAAGGGAAGAAGCGAGGGCAGUCUCUCUUGCAUUUGGACAUUUACACACUUUUCUCACAUUUAACCAGUACCAUCACACCAAGUCAUUACACGAAUUUUGUUAUUU